GUUGCAGGGUCAUUUAAACAACUAAAGACUGCAGAGUAUGCUGGCUAUUAGGACACAUUUUUAUCAUCAUGGAUCAGUUUGGAGAUAUAUCAGAUGGUGAAGUGGACCAUUCUUUUUUUGAUAGUGACUUUGAAGAAGCAAAGAAAUGUGAAAAUAACCUAGUUUUUGACAAGCAAAAUGGUGACCCUAAAGAGAGAAUAGUUAAGGAUACAAAAAAUACGAACCUGACAUUUGGAAUACAAACAAAGGAAAAUUAUCUUACUGACAAAGGAAAUGAAAGAAACAUGAAAAAUCUUCUAGAUGGACAUCCCAUAGAGAAUGAUGCAGAAACCAGAAGUUCUUUAUCAUUGACCAGUUCAAGAUCAAAAGAAUUGUGUGAUGCUACAACUAGGCAUAAAAUACACUUGCCCAUUCCAAAUAGAAUUCCCAAAAUUGUAAAAGAAGGUGAGGAUGAUUACUACACGGAUGGAGAGGAAAGCAGUGAUGAUGGAAAAAAGCAUCACGUGAGGUCCAAGUCAGCUAAACCAUCUCAUAACUUUAAAAAAAGCAUGAAUAAAAAAUAUUCCAAAAUUAGUUCCUCUUCUUCUUCUUUGUCUUCCUCAUCUUCGAGUUUAGGUACAGACUGUUUGGACCCAGGACCUGAUAUUUCUAAAUCUCAUUCACGUCCAUCAUCAAGGAAACAUACAAUAACCCUCUUACCACCAAAACAAAAAUAUAAAUCAGGAAUAAAAUCAACAGGAACACAACCUUCAAGUACUAAGCCAAAAAUUGGUGACUAUACUGAGGAAUCUGAAGACACUGUGACAGAUGUGACUCCUUUAUCAACUCCAGAUAUCAGCCCUGUUCAGUCUUUUGAACUGGACACAUCAAAUUACCAAAAAGUAAAAGUUAAAAGGCAGGAAAAUGUGAGUCAAGGAAUACAUGAAGAUGUUGAGGUUUUAAAAAAUGACUCAAAAUGCUUGAAAGCAGACAAGAAAGGGAAGGAAAAACAUGGGUCUAAUCUCGCCCCGAAGUCGCCAGUGUUUGAUUCCAGUUCAGACCACAGGUGUAAGCAAAAAGUCUUGCAUGACACAAUGGACCUAAAUCAUCUCUUAAAAGCUUUCCUGCAAUUAGAUAAAAAGGAGCCACAAAAACAUCACUUUGAUCAGCCUCCGUUAGUACCUAGGAAAAACUUUUCUUUCACCAGAGAAGAGGUGAGACAGAUUGAUCGAGAAAAUCAGAGGCUUUUAAAAGAACUGUCAAGACAGGCUGAGAAACCAGGAAACAAAAGUGCAAUUCCCAGAAGAUCAAUUGGUCAUCCCCCUAAGUUAUAUCAUAGUGCUCUCAACAGACAGAGGGAACAACAAAGGAUUGAAAGAGAAAAUUUGGCUUUAUUGAAAAGGCUUGAAGCUGUGAAGCCCACAGUUGGUAUGAAACGCUCAGAACAGCUGAUGGAUUAUCAUCGCAAUAUGGGUUAUCUCAACCCAGCACCUUCCUCCAGAAGAGUGAGAUCUAUGCUUGGCCAGUAUAGCCCAUUAAGAGGAGCUUCCCGGACAUCCAGUGCUACCAGUGGCCUCAGUUGUAAGACUGAGCCGUCAGGUUCUGACACAUCUAACAACCUGUUGCUGAGACCCAAACCUAAUGUCCGUGCUGCUUGGUUAUAAAGCCUUUUUCUUUUUACUGUAAACAUUUUUCAUCCAAUUUUUAUUGAUGUGUUUUUGUAUAUUACUGUAAUUCUCUGUGUAAACAUCCGCAAUACUUAAGCAGUUCAGAAUACACAGCAGUGAGUUGUACUUUAUUGCUUGCUAUUCAGUGCAAAAUUGUUGUCAAAAUGACAAUGUAAGUCAGUGUUUCCUAUGAGAAUGUAUUUAUAUGAAGUGUAUAUGUAUUUAUUAGAGGAAUGGUACCAUAGUAUGCAUGUGUAUUUCCUUAUUAUAGUAAUAGAGUUGUCAUGCUGACGAAGCAGUAGUAAUAAUAUCAUUGCAUGUUGCACCAAGAUGUUCACUGUAUAAUUCUCAUUUUAUAUUUUUGUUUCUUGUACACUUUAAACCAUGAGCUUACCAUCUGAAUUUGAUUGACGUUUUUUUCCAUUUGCUUUAGGACUUAGGUGGAGUGAGUCAUAACCAGAUUGUGAAAAGUGCACUUUAUUUUUAUGAAACAAAUUUUGAAAUGUGUUUUGUGGGUAGAGCUGAAUUAGAUUUGGUAAGCAUAUUGAGAGAAGCUUGUCCUGGGACCUUAGAAUUCAUCUGAGGUAUCUCAUACUUCUAUGUAAGAGCACUGAGUUAGGUCUUCAAAAUUUGAUUAGCCACUUCAAACCAUUUGAUACUGUGAAUAUUAGAAAGUUCAACUUAGAAACCCCUCUCUUGUGUUUAAAUGAUUUAGAGAAAGGAGGUGGGCUUUAGAACUAUAAUCUACUGUCUUGUGAUUAGUUUAUCCGCAGACCAGGUCAGUAGCACCACCAGCCGAACAAGUAUUUGUUCAAUCAGCAAUAGCAUCGCAAAUUUGAAGAGCCAAGAAGCAGAUCUCAAGGUAUGUCAGAACAGUGUUUUAAGUGUUUCUGUUAGCAUAUUGUGCUAUGAUUUAGUAUUUUUUAUAUUGAAAGAUGAUUUAAAAUAAGAAAGCUUUAGAAAUUCUAAGUAAUAUUAAUAGGUUCUGCAAAUUAAAUUUAAACAAUAAGGUCAUACAUUGGUUAGGGCUGUGCCUUUAAAUAUUAGUUUUUCAGUUUUGGUUUAUUUAGUUGAAUGUUAGAAGUAGCAUUUUUACCAAUCACAUUGAAAGGACUCGUAAUCUUGAUGGAUUUGUUAGUGAAAGAUAGGGUAUAAUACAGUGGACUUCUUGAAAUUAGAAUAUUUUUCUGCCAUUUCACAGGCUCUUAAUUAAUACAGCAAACUAUGGUCUUUUAUUACUGUUUUUUAUUACUGGCCUUUUCAGUAUAUCCUUAGAAUAUAUAGGAAAGUUUUCAUUUUAUAUGGUAAAUCUUUCCUUUUUAAUGCUAAUUUUCUGCAGGCAUAGUAAGAUUUAUGUUUUAGUUUUUAGUGUUCAAGCUCUGUAGCAUGUUCGCUACAUUUACUUUUCUUAGCACAUUUAGUAGAAAGACAAACUAUAUUUUUCUAAACAUCAAUUUAUAAUUUAUUGGCCUGAGUUUGUAUUCAUAGAUUUCGUUUAGAAUAAGACUAUAUAUAUAAAGCAUGGAAACACUGGGGUUAAAGUCAUCAACCUGACCACAGAUUUUUCUGCUGUUUUCCUUGGGCUGUAACAUUUUUCUACAUUAUUUGAUACUUUUUUUUUAGAAAAUAAAAUUUUACCCUUGUUUUAUAUGAAAGCUUUAGCUAAUCUAAACAAAGGUUUUCUUUUGUUAACUCAUACUUCUAAUGUUUGUGUAACAGUUUUUCUUUAAAGAGAGAUAAGAUAAUGCUGAAUUUAAAACUUAGCAUUUGGAUAUUUGCCCAAUAGGGAAUCAGUUCUUUAAAAUGGAUUUUUACUGGUGGGGGUAUGUGUAUACACACAGAAUCUUUUAUAUAGCAGUAGUCUCAAUACAUUCUGUAUAAUGUCUGCUGCCAGCUGUCAGCAUACAACACAUAGCUUCAUAGAUAAAGCUGUUCUUUGAUUUUAGAUACCAAUUUAAUACCUUUAAUUUUUACAACUUUGAGAGGUAAAGUUGUGUAUUACCAAUAACAUAGAUUCAACUUUGAAUGAAAGUUGGAAAGAGCAAUGGUCUUUUUAAAACAAAAUUUACAAUUUUAUUUUCAUAGUUGCAUAUGAAGAUAGGUAACUGUAUAGGCAUUGGAAAUGUGUUAUCUGAUAUAUGUCAAGGUACUUUGAAAAUUGUUACAGUUUAAGUGACACUUAAUGGUGGAAUCAUAAAUACAUUCUCUUAUCUAGAGCAUAAAAAAGUGAAGGAUAAUCUAGCCUAAUUUCAUAUUUGAUUGACUUGAAGCUAAUAUACAUACCUGAAGAUUUACAUCUAUACUAGAAAGUAUGCAAUCUGAGGCCUAGUUUAAACUAUUAAAAUUAAUUUCUUAAGGGUUAAGCUAUUAGCUUAUUUUUCUCCUACUUACUUUUUCAAUCUCCAUGAAAAGCUGCUUUGAUAGAUACUACUCCAAAUAAAGUUUUCUAGUCUGCUUAUUGAUGUGGUGUAAUGGAGUUGUUUUUGGUGCAUUAACUGAAGUGUCCAAAAUAGUACCUAGACAACUUUAAGAAGGUGAUUGUGAUGGAUGUGAUUAUAUGCUUCUCAUCUUCAGAUUCAAACUCUACAGCACUGAGAAGUGUUAAGACUGAUAAAAAGUUAAAGGUGUGAGUUCAUCAUAUUUUAAUAUUUAAAUCUCUAAAAAGUUUACUGUGUGAAAUGCCAAAGUCUGUACCUAUAAUGACUGUGUGCCAUCUUGGAAAAUGUGCUUAAUGCUAAUGGCUGCUUAGAAUACUGUGAAUAAAGAUUAGUAAAAUACUUAAAAAUCAAUAUCUUUUUACAAUUUCCUAGUCUGUUGUAAUGUAUUUUAGGCAAGAAGAACUGACUUUGCCUAGGGGAGAAAGAAAUAAAAGAAUUAAAGAUAACUGAUUUCUGACCCUAUGUCUGUCUCUAAA